AUGGAUAGAAAAAGUUUUAGUAUUGUGCUAUCUAUGUUCUUUAUGUUGACGGCAGCAGAGGCGAAUUCCAUUCAAAGCAUAACUAAUUUAAAAUGGGACCACGGGUUAUCGGCCACAUUAAAUGACUAUGUAGAUAAAACUAUAAAGAUGAUAGUACCUUUCCUUCAAGAAAAUGGCCUUGAUCCUAUGGAACUGCCUGAAAUCAUCGAGGGAUUCGAAGUCAGGCCUGUUAUUAUCACGUACAGCGCUUGGCUGCGGUUGCAUGAUGGUCAGAUGAGAGGGCUGGUAAACGUGGACCGACAUAGUGACCAGCAUGUGAAAUACUACGCGAAAAUGUUGCGUGUACGCGUUCAACUGCAGUUCACUAACUUAGAAUUCGACUACAAAUAUCUGGUAAAGGUUAUGAACAUAGGACCUACGGGCGGCAUCAUCGGUUCGCUGGAUCGGUUCAUCAUAAUUGCCGAUGUCUUGAUCGAUUUCAACAACGAUGAAAUUCAUUUGCAACAGUUUUCAAUCACUAACAUUGGGCGUCUUCGGGUACGUUUAACCGGCAAUAUUCUGACUGACUGGCUCGUAAACCCGGUCAUUGGAGUGUUUACGAGAGUCUUUAAUACCAUCAUAAUGAAAGUCGUGGAACUCAACAUUCGAAAUGCAGCACAGACAGCUAUUGGUUCUAUCAACUCGAGUAUACGUGAUAUCAUUGAUGUCAUCGAAUCACACAACUGAAAAUUACCUGUUUACUAUAAAUAUUGUACAAACAAUAUAUCUAAUUUAGUUAGAUGUCCAGCCCUCCGUCGCAGUAACUUUUCUGACACUUGCUAACUUUAAAUGACCCAUCUCCAUACAAAAUAUGCAAUGAGAAUACCUAGGUGAGAAUACAACUAUCAACUGUCAAAAUCUAUUUAUAAUUCUCAGAUAAAGGACCUUGUUUAGUUACAGGACCAGUUGGCAAUUUAUGAGAAUGUAACUGAAACGGGUAGCGGUCUAGUACUAAGGUUUAGCGUCAUUACUACUCUCCUACAUCCAAUCCUAUAGCUUUGUGGUUACCAAACGAUAGUAACAAAACACAGAAUUAAGAACAUACAGACCCCUUAUUCGGCCAUUAAUGCAUGCAGUGCUUUUCACGUACAUUGGGUCCAAAAAGAGUGAAAACGUCCGUCUGAAGACACACCCGUGGAAUGUUGCU